AUGGCCUCUUGGUGCAAACUCGGUCUCCUCCUCUUGCUCCAGAGUCUGAGCCCCUCUGCCGCCGCGGCAGGCUCUAUCUCGCUCUCCGUGGGAGAAUCUAUCACCGGGAACCGGACGCUGGUUUCGGAGGGAGGCAAGUUUGAGCUGGGCUUCUUCUCCCCGGCCGGCGACUCCAACUACUACGUUGGCAUAUGGUACAAGAAGAUCCCGGUGCAGACCGUCAUUUGGGUGAUGAACAGGGACCGCCCUGUCUCCGACCCAUCGUCCUCGGAGCUGACGCUAGCUCCGGACGGCAAGCUCGUCCUCCUCCUAAACGAGAACCAGCAGAAGAGGCCAGUCUGGUCGUCGGCUAGUCACGCACGUACGAGCAACGGGCCCGUCGUGGCGGCGCUCCUCGACAGCGGGAACCUCGUUCUGCGGGGCCGCCAGCCGGGCAACUCGUCGGAGGUCAUGUGGCAGAGCUUCGAGCACCCGACCGACACGCUCGUGCCGGGCGGCUGGGUCGGGCUGAACAAGAGCAGCGGCGCGUACCAGGCGCUCGUGUCAUGGAGAAGCGCUGUCGACCCAUCCACGGGAUUGUACAUGGACUGGGUCGACCCGUCCGGGUCCGGCCAGUACACCUUCUCGUGGAACGGCACGACCGUGUACCACCGCGUCGGCGCGUCGAGCGGCCAGCGCUUCGCCUCCGUGCCGGAGAUGGGCAUGUCGUCUAGGUACAAGUACACCUCCGUCAACAAUGAUGAGGAGGUCAGCUUCUCCUUUGAGGUGGUCAACCCCUCUACCCUGUCGAGGAUGGUGAUGAGCCCGCACGGGCAGCUCACCAUGUUCGACUGGUCCAGCGAGUCCGGGCAGUGGCUGCUCCACUGGGCGACUCCCACGUCGCCAUGCGACGUGUAUUCCGUGUGCGGGCCCUUCGGGCUGUGCGACGUGGCAAGCUCGCAGUACUGCCGGUGCUUGCCGGCGUUCGACGCCGCGUCGCCGGGGGAUUGGACCGGCGGCUGCGCGAGGAAGACGAGCUUGUACUGCAGCAAUGGCACGUCGCCCGAUGGGUUCCUUCCGGUACAAAACGUGAAGCUGCCAAGCAGUUAUUUCUCCGAUGCUGAUGCUGCCGGUAGCUCCGGAGAUUGCGGGUCGGCGUGCUUGAGAAACUGCUCUUGCACGGCGUAUGCGUACAGUGGUGGUGGUUGCUUGGUGUGGGGUGGUGAUCUCAGGAACAUUCAGCAGGUCACCGACGGCGAAGCCGGCUCGUCCACUCUGUUCCUCCGAGUCGCCGCCGCCGAUCUUGCUGCCGCCAGUAACCAUGGCGGCGCGUCAGCAAAUGAACGCGACGUCAUCCUGGUCGCGUCUUCGGUAUCUUUUCUCACGAUACUCUGCUUGUUCGUCUUCGUUUGCUGGAGGCAUCGUCGCUUGAAAACUGUGCGGCACGACGGCUCUCUUUUGGUGUUCAGCCACGGCCAUCUGGCGCGGUGCACGGACAACUUCUCCCAGAAGCUGGGCAUGGGGAGCUUCGGCUCCGUGUACAAGGGGACGCUCCGUGACGGUGACCACACCGCGGUGGCCGUCAAGAGGCUCGAGGGAUCGGCGCAGGGGGAGAAGCAGUUCCGCGCCGAGGUGAGGACCCUCGGCACGAUCCACCACGUCAAUCUCGUGCGCCUUCGCGGGUUCUGCGCGACGAGGCGCGAGCGGCUGCUGGUGUACGACUACAUGCCCAACGGCUCCCUGGCGUCCGCCAUGGCCGGCCCGAGCUUCGGGCUGCUGGACUGGGGCACCAGGUUUGGGAUCAUGGCCGGCGUCGCCAGGGGCCUCGCCUACCUCCACGAGCAGUGCCAGGAGCGCAUCGUGCACUGCGAUGUGAAGCCGGAGAACAUACUCCUGGACGCGGCCUUCCACCCCAAGGUGGCCGACUUCGGCAUGGCGAAGCUCAUCGGGCGGGACUUCAGCCACGCGCUGACCACGGCGCGGGGCACGGUGGGGUACCUGGCGCCGGAGUGGGUCCAGGGCCUGCCCAUCACGCCCAAGGCGGACGUGUACAGCUACGGCAUGACGCUGCUGGAGCUCGUUUCCGGGCGGAGGAACCGGGACGCCGGCGGCCGCGGCGCGGGCCACUUCCCGCUCUGGGCGGCCACCAAGGUCAGCGAGGGGCAGUUUGUCGCGCUCUUGGACGAGAGGCUGGCGGGGGACGCGGACGUGGUCGAGCUGGGCCGGGCGUGCAGCGUCGCGUGCUGGUGCAUACAGCAGAGCGAGGCGAUGAGGCCGACCAUGGGGCAGGUGGUGCAGGUUCUGGAGGGGUCGCUCAUGGUGGGGGCUGCGCCCGUGCCCAGACACCUGGAGGUGUUCUGUGCGGAGGAUUCACGCACGCUCUGA